AUGUCACAAUAUUUCAAUGGCGGAGAAACAAGAAACCCUAUAUAGCAAAGCCUCAAAAUGGCAUCAAUUGCAUAAAACCAGUGUUUAUUUUCCUCAAAAUCUCCUCCAUCCGUAAACAAGUUUCCCCUUAGCAAAAUAUCCUCGAGGAACCUUUACCUCCAAGAAAAAACAAGAUUCUCCACAUGAACCAAUGAGAAAGAGGUGCAAAACUACAUCACCAAAACCAAACAUCACUUUCUCUUUAUUCCCUUCAUUCUCCUUAUCUUGAACAAAAAAAAAACAUAUUAUGCUUUUGCAGUUAUGUUCAUUCAUCUCAAAACAUUUCUUAUAUUAAUGUGCUAUUUUUAAAAUACUUUAACAUUAUUAUCGCGAAAACAAGUAACCUAAUCGUUAGCCUAUUGUUGCUCCCGACUUCCUCAGACUCAUGCAUAACAUGGACAACACUCCUUCAUCACCUGGCAAGUCCAAGAUGGAGAAAAGGACUAGAUGGCAAACUUCCCUACAAAAGCUCACAUUUUGGUCCAUUCUAUCCAUGGGUGUUAUCUAUUUCCUUUUCUUCCGAGCCCCAUCGUCAUUCUCUUCUGAUGUAUCGCGUAGAUCCUUAAGAACCUACAGCUACGGAGGUGCAGCUUGGGAAAAGAAGGUCCGUUCGUCUGCACAAGUCACUUCCAAAAACGGAAUCUCCGUGCUCGUAACCGGGGCUGCAGGCUUCGUCGGAAGCCAUGUCUCGAUUGGACUCAAACGCCGAGGUGACGGUGUUGUUGGUUUUGACAAUUUCAAUGACUACUAUGAUCCAACGUUGAAACGCGGUCGCCAAGUGCUUUUGGCGAAAACAGGCGUUUUCAUUGUCGAAGGCGAUGUCAAUGACGCCGCACUUUUGAAGAAACUAUUUGAGAUUGUUCCUUUUACUCAUGUCUUGCAUUUAGCUGCACAAGCUGGUGUUAGAUAUGCUAUGCAAAAUCCUGGAUCAUAUGUUCAUAGUAACAUUGCCGGUUUUGUUAAUUUACUCGAAGUUUGUAAAUCGGUUGCAUCACAACCUGCUAUAGUUUGGGCAUCUUCAAGUUCAGUUUAUGGUUUAAACACAAAAGUACCAUUUUCAGAAAAAGAUAGGACCGAUCAACCUGCUAGUUUAUACGCUGCUACGAAAAAAGCCGGCGAAGAAAUCGCUCAUACUUAUAAUCAUAUCUACGGACUUUCAUUGACAGGUUUAAGAUUUUUCACAGUUUAUGGACCUUGGGGAAGACCUGAUAUGGCAUACUUUUUUUUCACAAAGGACAUAUUAAAAGGGAACUCAAUACCGAUUUUCGAAGGAGCGAACCAUGGAACCGUUGCAAGGGAUUUCACUUAUAUCGACGACAUUGUGAAGGGAUGUUUAGGUUCAUUGGAUACUGCUGAGAAGAGUACUGGUAGUGGUGGGAAGAAAAGAGCACCGGCGCAGUUGAGGGUUUUUAACUUAGGAAAUACCUCGCCGGUUCCAGUUACCGAUCUCGUGAGUAUUUUGGAGAGGCUGUUGAAGGUUAAGGCCAAAAGGAAUGUGAUGAGAAUGCCGCAAAAUGGUGAUGUUCAGUUUACUCAUGCGAAUAUAAGUUAUGCGAAGAAAGAGUUCGGGUAUAAACCUACGACCGAUUUAGAAACCGGUUUGAAGAACUUUGUUAAGUGGUAUCUAAGUUAUUAUUCUGCUGGGAAGAAAGCUGAUCAGUGAUGAUGGAUUGUUUGUUUACACAUUGUUGUAGUUUCUUUGAGUUUUUGUUUAUUAUGUAUGAUUUUUGUGUUUCUAUUGUCCCUUAACAUAUAUAUACUAUAGUUGCAUGGUUAGUAUAUUUCAUGUGUCAAACUUAAAGGGACAAGAAGAAUCAUAGUUUUAUGUUUUGUUC